GAUAACGCAGCAAGUUAUAAAGCAAGGCAUUGUGAUGCUAGUGAUAUGAUUGGUGGGAUCAUAACAACUCCCAUUAUUUGUGUUACUUUGGUUUUAGUACGUGCUGCAACAGGUAAAAGUACAGAAAUAUGCAGAACUGCAGAAUGCAUAAAGGCAGCAGGUACAAUCUUGGGCAACAUGGACUGCAGCGUAAACCCUUGUCAGGACUUCUACAGAUUCGCCUGCGGAGGGUUCAUCAACAGAACUGUUGUUCCGGAAGAUAGACACAUGUGGACCGCAACCUCAGAUAUGGAAUUAACAGUGUUGAAAAGGAUAGCAGAGACGUUUAACUCCUCUUCGAACACAGAAGUUAGGCCUCGGUACUUCCGAAUCGCUCAAAACUUUUACAAAAGUUGCAUGAAUGAAGAAGCCAUAGAAGAGAAUGGUCUGGAAGGUAUGAAACAACGGUUGGAGCUUUUAGGAGGUUGGCCUGUUCUUGACGAGUACGGGGUAUGGGAUGAGGAUGACUUUGACUGGGUGAACACCACAGUUUUGCUUAUGGAUGAGGGCUGGUCUUCUGAUAUGCUCGUAGAUCUCUGUAUUGGGACAGAUGCCAGAAAUAAUUCUAGGAGUCGUCUUCAGAUAAGUCAAGCUGACCUGGGGAUUCCUCGGGAGUACCUUGUGCAAGGCCUGACGAAUGAAAUUGUCCAGACCUACUUUGAGCUGAUGGUUGAGGUAGCAAUGGAGUUUGGGGCACCGUUAAAAUUCGCAACGGAAGAGCUCAGUGAUGUUUUAAUGUUCGAGAUUGAACUUUCCAAGAUUUCAGUGCCUCAAGAAGAAAUGAGGGACCAUUUCCGACUAAACAACCCAAUAUCCUUGUUUGAGCUGGAAGAGCAAUUCCCUUUAGUAAACUGGAGUGUGCUGAUACCUUGCAGUCUUGAAAAGUACGUGGUUGUCUCUCCUGAGGAAGUAGUGGAUGUGGUGGUGCCCUCAUACUUUCAGAAGCUUGGCCCUCUUGUGGAAAGAGUUGAUAAGAGGGUAGUAGCAAACUACAUAAUGUGGCAUGUGGUGUACGAAAGCCUUCCCUUCUUGCCAAAGCGUGUCUCUCACAUCCGCCGAAAGUUGAUGGUCGCCCUCACAGGAGCUAAGAGAUUCAGGCCAAGAUGGGAGUUUUGCACAAACAGCUUGUUAGACAGAUUUGAACCAAUAGUUGGAGCGAUAUAUGUAAGGAAGUAUUUUAAACCAAAAUCCAAAAAGCAAGCUACACAAAUGGUGACAUUUAUCCAAAAGGAAUUUCUUAAGCUGAUAUCCGAAGUGUCUUGGUUGUCCAAGGAGACUAAGCAUACCGCAAUCAAGAAAGCAUCCAACAUAUUUCACCACGUUGGCUAUCCUGAGGAACUAUUAGAUGAUGUAGAGUUGGAUAGGUUCUACAAAAAGAUGGAGAUGACGAAUGGAGAUCUUAUAAGAAAUUUGUUGGCCGGACAGCAGUUUGAGAGUUACAGAGCUUUCAGUGAGCUACAUCGGCCGUUCAACCAGACUCGCUGGGACUUGCAUGCCGAGGUGACUGAGGUGAAUGCUUAUUACGUUAGCGACCAGAAUAGUAUAGAAAUUCCAGCAGGUAUUCUGCAAGGCUUAUUCUAUUCACCAGAUAGGCCAAAUUACCUCAACUUCGGAGCGUUAGGAUACGUAAUUGCUCAUGAGCUUCUUCACUCCGUGGAUGAUGAGGGCAAACAGUACGAUAGCCGUGGAAAUCUACACAAUUGGUGGGACAGGUCAACCCAAAAAGAGUUUGACAAGAGAGCCAAUGAACUGGUCAGAGAAUACUCAAGCUAUGUCGUCCCUGAAGUGAACAUGACGCUGAAAGGGGUGAACAUACAAGGGGAAGUGAUAGCAGACCACGGAGGACUUAAGGUGGCUUACAACGCGUACCACACCUGGGCCUCCCGCCACCCCCCUGAACCUGGCCUACCUCAGCUGGAGCACUUCUCGGCCAAUCAGCUGUUCUGGCUCAGUGCUGCCAACAGUUGGUGUACCAAGGAAAGAGAAGAAAGUCUUCGGUUAGGAGUAAUGGUUGAUGUCCAUCCUCCUUCAGAGUUCAGAAUAAAUGGACCUUUUCGUCAUUCCAGUUUAUUUGCCCAGGAUUGGAAAUGUCCUCCAGGAUCGUUCAUGAAUCUUCCAAAUAAAUACAACGUCUGGUAGAAGGUUGUAUAGACUAUUACCUAUACAUCUAAUCAUAUUUCCGUUAUACUAAAUAAUAAAAAAUAUAGUAUUUUAUUGAAUCUAAACAAAACUCCUAAAACUAAUUGUGUAAGGACACUUAUAUAGUUUUGAGCUUAUAUCCUAAUAACUUGAAUUGGCAAAAUAUAUCAGAGUUUAAGUAAAUUUUCAUCAUGUGCUAUUUUUUUGGUUUAGACUUACUAGAAAUUCGGAAUUUGUUUGCGCUUUCAUACUAUUUUACAUUACUCAGACGAAUUUUUGAAAUAUAUCUAUAUCUUAAUAUAUUCGGUAUAUUGAUUUAACGAGCAAUAGCGAAGUUCGGACAUGUUUUUACGCUUUCAUACAAUUUUACUUUUAAGAGAAAUAGUGAAAUAUAUUUUAAUAUAUUUAAUGUAUUGAUAGAGCGAAUAAAAACGAUCAUCACUCCAGAAGCGGGGAAAAUGUAUUUUCUAUCUGCAUUACAUAUUUAAACUAAGGUAUGGAUUUUAAAUUUUGCACGAAGCAUCAUUUAUAUAUAUAUAUAUAUAUAUAAGCAACCCAAGUUCGAUUAUAGUCCAAGAGAUUUGAUUGAGCUUUAGCAAAUAAUAUUACAUUGAUCUAAUGUGUAACCAUGACGCCAACUAGUAAAUACAGAAUAAAUAAUGUAAAUAGAUUAUGAUCAUAUAAGAUUUUAACAUGUGACAUGUUUAAAGAGUAAAAAGAAAAAAUAAUGUAAUUUUUUCUCAAGCAAAUAAUAAAUUGUAAUGCAUCUUAAUAAAAUCAGUGUAAUUGUAUUUUAAUAGAAUGUUAUUUUUAUAUUUUUGGGUAAGAGAGAUAACCCCCUGUGUAUGGAAUAUGGAAUUCUACUUUUAGGCUUAUUUAAUUUAUCGUGUAAAAAGGUUAUACAAAUAUUUAGAGAUGGUAGGAGACAGAUAGUGGUGUUUAUCUUUGAAAGCUUUUUAAUAAAAUUAAAAUACGUGUAGUGUUGAACUUCUUAAAAAAAAGGCAAACUAAGGUAUAAUAUACCCAUUUAAGAAGAUCGAAUAUAUAAUAACAAUCAUUUGAAUAUUAUAUUCAAGUUUAAUUUCUAUAGGUUAGGUAUGAAAAGAAUUGUUUUUAUCGUGCUUGUUUCAAGUAAAACAGUUUUGGAUUUAGCCAACUUUAUAGAAAGUAUAAAGAACGAAAAUGUAACUCCCUCUCGACUGUAUUUACGAGGGCGGCCCUGUUUUCUCACCCGUUUGCUCUUGUUAACGUUUUUUACUUUAAAAACUCCGAUUAUUUAGUAUCAGUGUCUUGUUAUAAAUCUGCCUAGAGUUCAGUUUUCCUACAUAACCACAACUACUAAAUUAAUUAACUGAAGCAAUAUAACACUCAAAUGAGUUUUAUAUGUCACUACUCCGUUUUUUUUAAUUAUAAUUAAUCAUGAAAUCGCAUGUGUUAGCAAAGGGUGAUGCCGUGUCCACAGAUGAUCUAACUUAUAAUAAUUAGUCUGCAGUAUACAUCAUUACUAGCGUGUUAUAUAAAGGUCAUGUGAUCAUCCAGCAAGCCUAUUGUAGAUAAUUUUACAAGAAAAUGUUUUGCUGAAAAAUAACUGAUACGAAUAAUAACAUUUAUAUUGUUGUUAUAUUGGUUUAGCGUUAUUUUAUAUACGUUAGAUACAAGUGCGGUUAAAUAAACAACUUUAGGAUACAUUUAUGUCGUCAAAUCGUUUAGUACUUUAUACGAGUACAUCAUGAUUUGUGUUCAUAGUUCAUGAUAUGUAUGUAAUAUAAAUAUGCUUUUGAUUAUUUAAAUAUACUUUUUUAGAAAGA